AUGCUUCUCAAACACAUAUUAUUACUCGUCGCGAUCACCGCCAGCAACGUUUCCGCGAUCGCCAACAGCCAGCAGACUGUUGAUGGCAUCAAUGUUUUGACCAAAAAAACCCUGGCUACUAGACAGGCCAUUGAGAAUUACAAUGGGGGUUUUACGGGCGCUCUGCUGGUUGCAAAGUCCAUAUACACAGCCCAUAUGACUUCUGAAAAUAUACGAAAGAACCUGGACAGCUCCGAUCCAUUCGAUGGCGAGGAUGGCGAUCGGACGAUGGAUGCAUACAAUCAAUUCGCUCCUGUGCUCCUUGACACUUUGCGAGCUGGGCAACACAAGGCCCCUCUAUUUAGGACUUCCGGGGUUGCAUACCCAGCCCAAGCCAUGAUCAGUAACCUGUACAAUGAAAAGGGCAGAUUCGAAGAUUCGAUGCAUGGGCAAUUGUCCAGUAACCAUUCCCUCAUGAUUAAACCUUCAGUGGACAUUAUCGACAGAGAGUUCAAAAAAACCUUGGAUGCCUUCAGCUAG